UCUAGAGGCAAAAGGUCGCAUUAACUAGGUAAUGAGUUCGGGACUUUGUUUUCCUCGUUCCGUGUUCAUAACGCUCAUUUAAACAGCCUUGCAUCCGAACUUAUUUCCUGCUUUCCUUUGCGUAUCGUUAAUUUGUUGUUUAGAUUCCCACAUUUGUCGACCGCUUCUCUCAUCGGCGGCCUUGGCGCGCAUCAGGUCUUGCCUCCAAAAAGUAAAGAGCCGCCGCCCCCCGGUUAGUACCGAGCUCCGAGUUUCGGUCGAUGACAAACCUUCACUCAUUUGGUACAUAACGUCUCUCGCUGUCUUUACAGCUUGACCCCUCCCCCCAAAAGUGUUCUAUUAAAGCACCUUUGACUUCGGGGUCACAUUGGGCUUGCCUGGAUCUCGCAAUCACUUCGAGGUUCGCCACCCGACCCACACUUUGGAAGGUUGCCUCUACAGGAAUAUCUGCAGCAUAUUUUUUGUCCUUGAAGCAGCUGCGCACUCUUCAAGAGCCCCUUUGGCUAUCAAGAACGCCCGCGGAAAACCCCAUUGGGUUUGGGUUAGUUCGUAGCUUCCACCCUGGAAACGCACGCAAUCCCCGCCAGCAGUUACAGUUUCCACUUUGUCACGAUGGACCAAAAAGCCAAUGAUGUCGCAAGCCUGGAGGAGGGCAACAAGGCCCCCUCAACAGCCAACACAGCUGUCGGCUCGCUACCGCGUUCGGCCGAUCCAAGCAUCAACCUCGAGGAGUUGCGCGUGGCAGCUCACCAGAAGAACCCCAACGGCACCUCCAAUGUUGGCUCCGGCAUCUCAGUGGCCCGGGCCGAGGCCGACUUCGCCGAGCUGCAGAGGGAGCUCACGGGAAUGUCCAGAGCCAGCCGGCGCAAGAGCCACGCCUCUCAGCGUGAUGCUGAGAAGGCCAAUGGCGAAGACCUGGGAGAGACAUCAUCUUCUGAAAGCGAACCAUUUGAUUUGGAGUCGUGGAUUCGUGGAGGGAUUCAGGCUGAGCGCGAGGCUGGCAUCCGUCCCAAGCACAUCGGGGUUUAUUGGGAUGAACUAACGGUCAAGGGAAUGAGCGCAUUCACAAACUACGUUGAAACAUUUCCCGAUGCAGUCAUCCGAUUCUUCGACUAUUACACCCCCAUCAAGAACAAGUUGGGCCUGGGAGGCAAGGCGCCUGAGGCCACCCUGCUCGACAGCUUCCGUGGUGUCUGCAAGCCCGGUGAGAUGGUUCUGGUCUUGGGCAAACCGGGAUCCGGCUGCACAACCUUCCUCAAGAACAUCACCAACCAGCGCUACGGCUACACUGGUGUGGAAGGUGAUGUGCUUUAUGGUCCUUUCACCGCCAAGGAGUUUGAGAAAUAUCGCGGAGAGGCCGUCUACAACCAGGAGGACGACAUCCACCACGCGACCCUGACGGUGGAGCAGACGCUCGGCUUUGCGCUCGACUGCAAAGUUCCCGGCAAGCUUCCGGCUGGCAUCACCAAGGCGCAGUUCAAGAAGGACGUCAUUACCAUGUUACUCAAGAUGUUCAACAUUGAGCAUACCCGCAACACUGUCGUUGGUGGCUCCCUUGUGCGCGGUGUGUCUGGAGGCGAGAGGAAACGUGUUUCUGUUGCCGAGAUGAUGAUUACGUCAGGAUCUAUUCUUGCCUGGGACAACAGCACUCGCGGUCUCGAUGCCAGUACUGCUCUGGACUUCAUCAAGUCGCUGCGUAUCCAGACCAACCUCUACAAGACCGCGACGUUCGUCUCGCUAUACCAAGCUUCGGAGAACAUCUACAAGUUGUUUGACAAGGUGCUUGUCAUUGACGCUGGCCGGCAAGUGUACUUCGGCCCCGCUACCGAGGCCCGUGGAUACUUUGAAGGCCUCGGUUUCCUUCCCAGGCCCCGACAGACUACCCCCGACUACGUCACUGGCUGUACCGACGAAUACGAGCGCGCCUACUCGGAAGGCUACAGUCCCGACAACGCUCCGCACAGCCCCGAGACUCUGGCCGAGGCUUUCAAGAAGUCCGACUUCGCGAAGAGGUUGGAUAACGAGAUGGUAGAAUACCGCGAGUCUCUGAAAGAGGACCAGCAAAAGUACGAGGAUUUCAAGAUUGCUGUUAAGGAAGGCAAGCGCACAGGUGCCAAGAAGUCGGUUUACACUGUUGGCUUCCACCGCCAGGUCUGGGCGCUUAUGAAGCGUCAGACUGUGCUCAAGCUGCAAGAUCGAAUGGCCUUGUUCCUCGCAUGGAUGCGGACCAUUCUCAUCGCCAUCGUCGUCGGUACACUCUACAUCAACCUCGGUCAAACCAGCGCCACUUCCUUCAGCAAGGGUGGUCUGAUGUUUAUCUCUCUCCUGUUCAACGCUUUCGAGGCAUUUGCUGAGCUCGGCUCAACCAUGCUGGGUCGUGGCAUCGUCAACAAGCACAAGGCUUAUGCUUUCCAUCGGCCGAGUGCACUUUGGAUUGGUCAAAUCUUUGUCGAUCAGGCCUUUGGUGUGCCCAGGGUUCUCGCCUUUUCCAUCAUUGUAUAUUUUAUGACCAACUUGUUCCGCAGCGCGGGCGCCUUCUUCAUGUUUUUCUUGUUCAUCAUGCUUGGAAACAUUGCGAUGACGCUCUUUUUCCGAAUCAUUGGUUGCAUCUCGAUCGAUUUCGACUAUGCUGUCAAGUUUGCUGUCGUCACGAUCACGCUGCUUAUCACAACAUCCGGUUACAUCAUUCAGUACCAGUCACAACAGGUCUGGCUGCGUUGGAUUUUCUGGAUCAACCCUCUGGGUCUGAUGUUCAGCUCCAUGAUGGGCAAUGAAUUCAGCAGAAUAGAUAUGACCUGCACAGCAGAGAGUCUCAUUCCGUCCGGACCAGGGUACAACAACCCCGAGAACCAGGUCUGCACUCUGCCUGGGUCUAAGCCAGGCAGCCUCGAAGUCUCGGGCUCGGACUACAUUCGUACAGGCUUCGCCUACGACCCGAACGACAUCUGGCGCAACUUUGGCAUUGUCAUGGGCCUUGUUGCCUUCUUCUUGAUCAUGAAUGUCGUCCUGGGAGAGGUUAUCGAAUUCGGAAUGGGAGGUAACUCGGCCUUGGUUUACCAGAAACCCAACAAGGAGCGGAAGGAGCUCAACGAAAAACUCGUGGCCAAGCGUGAGGCUCAACGUUCUUCCAAGUCUGAGGCUCAAGGUUCGGAUCUCAAGAUUGAGUCCAAGAGAGUUUUGACUUGGGAGAACCUGACCUACGACGUCCCUGUCCCCGGAGGCAACCGCCGGUUGCUCAACAAUGUGUUUGGAUAUGUCAAGCCUGGUCAACUGACGGCUCUCAUGGGUGCAUCUGGCGCUGGAAAGACUACCCUGCUUGAUGUUCUUGCUUCCAGGAAGAACAUUGGUGUCAUCGGUGGUGACAUUUUGGUCGACGGAAAGAAGCCUGGAAAGGAGUUCCAGCGUUCGACGUCGUAUGCCGAGCAGCUUGAUGUGCACGAGCCCACACAGACCGUCCGGGAGGCCCUGAGGUUCUCUGCCGAUCUCAGGCAGCCUUUUGAUACCCCCCAGGAAGAGAAAUACGCUUUUGUCGAGGAGAUGAUCACUUUGUUGGAGCUUGAGGAUUUGGCAGAUUCCAUCAUUGGAUGGCCCGAAUUCGGCCUUACUGUUGAACAACGCAAGCGUGUGACAAUCGGCGUCGAACUUGCCGCCAAGCCCGAGCUGCUUUUGUUCCUGGAUGAGCCCACGUCCGGUCUCGACAGCCAGAGUGCCUUCAACAUUGUGCGCUUCCUCAAGAAGCUCGCAAACGCUGGCCAGGCUAUUCUCUGCACCAUCCACCAGCCCAACUCGGCCCUCUUCGAGAACUUUGACCGUCUUUUGCUGCUUCAGCGCGGUGGCCGCUGCGUGUACUUUGGUGACAUUGGCAAGGAUGCCAAUGUCCUCCGUGAUUACCUCAAGCGUCAUGGCGCCGAGGCCUCGCCCACCGACAACGUUGCUGAGUAUAUGCUUGAGGCCGUUGGUGCCGGUAGCGCUCCUCGUGUUGGCGACCGUGAUUGGGCAGACAUCUGGGAGGAGUCUCCCGAGCAUGCCAACGUCAAGGAUACCAUUUCUCAGCUCAAGGAAGAGCGCAAGGCAGAGGUGGCCAACGAUAGCAAUUCGGCACUCGAAAAGGAAUACGCCUCGCCAAUAAGCCACCAACUCAAAGUAACCUCCCAUCGUACCAACCUCGCGUUGUGGCGUUCUCCGAACUACCUCUUCACCCGUCUGUUCAACCAUGUCGUCAUUGCUAUCGUUACUGGACUCACCUACCUGCAGCUCGACAACUCGCGGUCUUCUCUUCAGUACAAGGUCUUUAUCAUGUUCCAAGUCACUGUCCUGCCUGCUCUGAUUCUGUCUCAGGUCGAGGCCAUGUAUCACGUCAAGCGCGGCAUUUUCUUCCGCGAGUCCUCAUCCAAGAUGUACAACACUAGCGCCUUCGCUGCCUCCAUGCUCCUUGCAGAGCUGCCAUACGUCGUCCUGUGUGCUGUGGCCUUCUUCCUCCCUCUCUACUACAUGCCAGGCUUCACCUACGACAGCUCGAGAGCUGGAUACCAGUUCCUCAUGAUCCUCAUCACCGAGUUCUUUUCCAUCACCCUCGCUCAGGCCUUGUCUUCCAUCACGCCGUCGACUUUCAUCUCUAGCCAGUUGGAUCCAUUCUUGAUGAUUACCUUCUCGUUGUUCUGCGGUGUUACCAUUCCGUUCCCCCAGAUGCCCGAUGGAUACAAGUGGUUAUACCAGCUGGACCCUUUCACUCGGCUUAUCGGCGGUAUGGUUACGACUGCUUUGCAUGACCUCGACGUCAAAUGCGCCUCGAUCGAGCUGAACAAGUUUACGCCCGCGAACGGUAGCACAUGCGAAGAGUACAUGAGGCCGUUCUUCAACGCCGGCGGCAAUGGAUAUAUUGUAGACCCCAGCUCGACCGCUCAGUGCGAUUACUGCGCUUACAGCAGUGGAGACCAAUUCUACACGCCACUCGGCAUGACGUUUGAUAACAGGUGGAGAGACUUGGGCAUCUACCUCGCAUUUUGCGCGAGCAACAUCGUUAUCAUUUUCGUGGCUAACCGUUUCCUGAACUUCAACAAGCGAUAAUAAAUCAGAAUCAAUUCUUUCUGUCCUUGUCAGAUAUCCAUGUCUACUCAUGACACAUCUCAAGCAUUAAUGCACUUUUCUUUUUUCCUUUUUCUCCUUGUUACAACCAAAACCACAGGUUUUGUGUUAUUUUCCUAUGCUAUGUACACCCCCAUUAUGACCUCUUAAUUUUCCUAUUAUUAAACGCGGCUCGGUUAGAGUGUCAGUUUUCCAUCGUAUUUUACUUUCUUUUAUACUGGUAAAAGUCUAGUUGUCGGGUACAUAACGUAUAGAUGGGUUUUUACUGUAACUAAACCAAAGCCUUCAGAAUUUAGAGAAGACUCAUUAUUAUCAGACACGUAAACCCAAAUACCAGUCGGUGCUUACAGCGCUAUUAAUAGGGAGCCAAAAAGGUUGAUGACUG